CCCAUCCUUCUAACACGGCGCGCCCGGAAUUCCAUAGACCAUAUCUCUUCUCUCGGCAAGACAGCCCCACCAAUCGUCGCCAAUCGACACCAGCAGGUAUUGGGUUCGUGCAGUGUUGCUCUCGUUCCCAUGUCAUCGCCAACCGAACCGGUUGCCACGGCCUCCGCUGCCGCCGAACCGAGCACCCCCGCAGCAACGAAGGACGCGACCGUAGCUCGCGUCGACGACCGCGACAAGAAAUCGUCGGGCGGCCAGGCCGACGGCUUGUUCGAGCUCAAGGUCAAGCCCGAAUUCAUCCUCUCGGCGCGGGCGGAGAGCCUCGGACCCGUCCGGUUCGUGCCCGAGAACGUCGGCGACACGGAGGAAAGCGCGAACGCAGACRCGAACUCGGACGACCGCGACCGUGGCGGGAAGAGGAACAAGCGAAAGAAGCGGCGGGGCCAGAACAAGAAACGCCCCCGGGACGCCCGCGAGGACAACGCGGAGAAGGUCUGCAUGGCGAUCCUGCGCGGCGAGAGCUGCCCCUACGGAGAUACCUGUCGCUUCUCGCACGACCUCAAGGGCUUCAUGGCCACGCGACCGGCCGACAUUUGCGAGCUGGUGGACGCGAUGGGGGGCUCCUGUCCGACCUUUCGAACCACCGGGUAUUGCUUCUACGGGGCGAUAUGCCGCCUGGGAUCCUGCCACAUUACCAAGGCUGGAGAAAACGUCCGCGACGAGGCCAAAAUGGCAGAAUACCAAAAAGAGAAGGCCGGGGGCAAGGAGGGAGCGCUGGAAGAGCCCAAAAUCAACAGCGGUACCAUCCUGCCGAGGGAUGUGGUAUUUCAACUAAGGAAAAAGACCUAUCCCUUCGAGUGCAAGCGGUUUUGCGAGAAGAAAGACAAGCCCACCCCUCCGCCCGACGCAACAAACACGGAUGCCGGUGCUCCUACUGCCGAGGCCGCUCCUGCCCCCAUAAAGGAGGCCAAGGACACGAACUCUCCCACCAUCCAUACGGAUGCGAGCCCCGCAACCACAACAGCGGCCCGUACGAAUACCUCCGCUUCGUCUUUCACACCCCUCGACCACCUAAAAACCAAAAAGAUUGUCGACUUCUCCAACAAGGUUUACGUAGCACCCCUAACGACAGUUGGGAACCUUCCCUUUCGCCGCAUCAUGAAGCAAUACGGAGCCGACAUUACGUGCGGGGAAAUGGCGGUAGCGACCAACCUGCUGGAAGGAAAAACAUCGGAAUGGGCCCUUCUCAAACGACACCCGAGCGAAGACGUCUUUGGCAUACAAAUCGCCGCCGCCCAUGCGGAUCAGUUUACGCGCGUGUCGGAACUCAUCGAAAAAUACACCGAUGUCGACUUUGUGGACAUGAACCUCGGUUGUCCGCUGGACCUGCUCUGCAACAAGGGAGCUGGGGCGGCGCUCAUGAUGCGCGAAAACAAGCUCAAGGGUGCCCUCGCGGGCAUGUCGAAGAACCUGUCGUGCUCCAUCACGGUGAAAAUGAGAACCGGGUGGAACAUCCACAGGCCGUUUGCGCACGAGCUCGUGCCUAAGAUUCAAUCCUGGAAGAUUGACAACCUCGCAGCAAUUAUGGUAAGGAUGCACCUACUGGAUUAUACAAACCCAGAACCCGAAAAGAAUCAGAAUCUGUGUCGCGUACAUUCCCGAGCGUGGUUCGAAUCCAAAAUCGACUCUAACUCUUUGUUGUUUUGCGUGGAUUUCUUUCACACAGGUUCAUGGAAGGUCUCGACUUCAAAGGUACAAGCUGGAUGCAGAUUGGGAUUACAUUGGCAAGGUCGCAAACGCCGAAUCCAAAGACAUCCCCCGAGUCCCCCUUAUUGGAAACGGGGACAUUUUUUCGUUUUCGGAAUACAAAGAAAAGGUUUUGGCGCGCGACGGAUUGUCUACCACGGCGAUGCUCGGAAGAGGAGCGCUGAUCAAGCCGUGGUUGCCAACGGAGAUCAAAGAGAAGAGGGACUGGGACAUUUCCGCAUCAGAACGCCUGGACAUUUUAAAAGAUUUCGUCAAGCACGGCCUUGAGCACUGGGGAAGUGACCAGCAGGGAAUCAACAACACCCGCCGGUUUCUCCUCGAGUGGUUGUCCUUUUUGUACCGGUACGUGCCUGUUGGUUUGCUGGAGGUGUUGCCCCAAAAGAUGAACCAUCGUCCGCCUCUGUACCUGAAGGGAAGAAGCGACCUGGAAACACUGUUCUUGUCGCCUCAUAGUUCGGACUGGGUAAAGAUCUCCGAAAUGCUACUUGGUCCGGUACCCAACGGCUUUGCCUUCAAGCCAAAACAUAAGUCUGCUGCCUAUGAAUCAAAUGGGUGAAGUGAUAAUCUUUUUGAUACAAUAAUAAGCAAUAGCGUACUGA